CAUGACUCGUGGGCGUUUCAGGAAGUGGCGAACAAUGAGAGAUAUGCUCGGAAAAUAGGCAUAUGCUGUUUGACAGAAGAGCGCGUUUAUUGCAAGUAUGUGGGGCAUAAACGCGAUCAAUGCAAAUAUAACUAGGAAGAGAGAUUUUCUGUUGUGAAGAAUCCCAUUUCCCUUAAUUGUGCUUUUAGAGCGGCACGCUCCGAGGUGUGCACUGCUGUUCAGGUUUGAGUCAGUAUGCAAUGGGGAAUUGCUGGGCUUGGUGCUGCGGGGUCUUCAAAAGGGAAACUAACAGGAUCCAAAGAGGUGGUGGGUCCAAGUACUUUCGAACGAGUGCCGCAGGGGAGCACUUCACCAUAGAGUUUGAAAAUCUUGUGGAGAGUGAUGAGGCAGAGAGCCCAGGAAGCAGCAUACGAGCAAUAAGUGAAGAUGAAAUUGUACAUCUCAAGGAGCAGCGAUAUGGUGCCAUUUCAGACAAGCAGACACUGGUAGAUGAAAAACUUCAUUCGGAGUUAGCUGCACAGGAGGAGAAGUUGAGGCUAGAAGAGGAGGCUUUAUAUGCCGCCCAACGUGAAGCAGCCAGAGCUGCCAAAGAGAGAAAGCAAACGGAGCAACGGAUCCAGAAGAUAAAAGGAAAGUCAGAUGUAGGAGGGAGUAGUGAUCAUCAGAGAACGUUAGCCGCAGGAGAGGAUUUUGAAACCUACCUGCAGAAUGUAAGAGCUCAGUCUGACGCCUUCAGGAGCAGCAGGGUCUCUUCAGAGACCAACGUGGCAACUCCAAACACAGAGAGCAGCUGUGAUUUCACAAGUAAAACCAGGUCCACCAAUGAUGACAACACUUCGCUGGAUCUGGAGUGGGAGGAUGAAGAGGGGAUGAACAGGAUGAUUCCCGUUAGGGAACGUUCUAAAACGGAAGAGGACAUUCUUCAUGCUGCUCUCAGGCCCACUAACAAGCAGACAGGCAGCAACCUUACAUCGGCCUCUGAAGACUCCAAUGUGCUGGAGUGGGAAAAUGACUUUGUGAGCGCCCAUCUAGAGGACCAUGGUAACUCAGAGUAUGCUGGCUUUGUCAAUCCCGUCUUAGAGACUUCCUCUGCUGACACGGACAAAUCCAGCUCUGACCCACAGGACAGAUAGUUGGAGAUGGAAGACCUUCUUUUGACCAAACUGAUUAACUUAAUGUAUACAUAAGUUUAGCUAUUUAAUUUAUUCAGUUUUGUUUUGCCUUUUAUCACAGCUGGAGAGGUUGGCGCUGAAUCUGUUGUAUUCAGACCAUUUUCUGUCAGCAUAAUGAAUUAAGUGCAAUUUGUAUAUCCAUUGAUCUGCUCUUAAGACACUGCUCUGGGAUAGGCGAAACAGCUUUUUAAAUUUCACUAUAGCAGCAUUAAGACUGUAAAUCUGUAACAUUAUUUUAUGAAUUGUUAGUAGAGUGAAGACAAAAUUAAGGCUUUUGAGUGGCUCAGCUAGUAAGGGUGCUCAUUAUAAGUGCAGGAAGAGCCUCUGUGGCUGACUGUCAUGGGUUCAACACUGGGUCAUAUACUGCAACUAGUCAACUAUGUCUACAUUUCCCCAAGCAGUGGCACAUAUUUGGUAGAAAGCUGCCAGCAUAGGGUUGAGAUUAUGAGACCAGGUGUUGUCAGUGAAAUGGCAGCUUAAUGGAUACUUGCAAGCUUACACUUACAUAAGUGAAGGACCCCCUGCUCCUCCAUGUCGAAAGAAGAAUGGUGUGUAGGUUGGAGGAGUUUGUCCAUCCUUAUUCUCUCCUAGCAGUGCAGUUUAGUGGUUAACGCUCUAAGCAGAGACAUGGAGAAACAAUUGGCAUUUCUACAUGGUGCAGAUAUAAAAUGAAGACAGAGCUGUUGCUAUUGCUAAGUGUUCAUGACCCCAAAAUAAGAGUAUGGCUUUCUAGUGAGGCUUUUAACAUCAAAAGCCUUCUACAGAUUACAGCACAUUAACCAGUCAAAUUAGCAAGAGAGAUUAAUUUGAGAAGUAAACUAUUCAUCUUUUGUUGACAUUAAUUUGUUAAUUCAGGGAAGUAGAUUUUUAAAUCCUGAAACCUCAUUGCUUUAUGGAUUACUUUGCUUUACACUGAGGUUGUAAUAAAUAUUUGCUCUCUUUUAUCACUCUAAUUGGAUAAUGAUGGAUUUUCAUUUGACAUUCCUUGGCUUUUAAAAAAGAAGAUGUGACCAAAAGUUAUUUUCUCAGCCAAAGCUUUGAAUCAUGACAACUGGGGAAUUUCCUACCAAAGUAGAAAUUAUAAGGAAGGGAAAGAAAGUUUUUAAGGUGCCUUUUGCUGUCAGCUGUCUUUGGCCUUGUACAUUACAGUUUCAAACUUCCUGUAGGCCUCCCAUAUUGCUUUUGUGAUCCAAACUACGUCACUGAGAGUCCUGCAGUUAACCAUGCUAUUUUUAAUAUCAUCUUAAAUAAUUCAGUGUUUAUAACAGAUACGGUUGACAGAUUGUUUCUAAACAAACCUGUAACGCGGUAUUUCUGUUUGCACUUAUUCCAGGCUUUAUCAUGAACUUGGCAAGUAAUGGGAUGACAACCUCAGUAAAAACUUACCAGUACAAAUACAAUUAUAUAAAAGUAUCUUAAAGGUAUAAUAAAUGAAAUGAUAAAAGGCAUACUCCCCAUAAAAAGUCAUGCACAUCAUAAUAAAAUGAUUCAAGCUGAA